UCUCUGAUUUCAAGAGUUGACGAUGUUGUGAUCAAGCUUUUGUGAAAUAUGCACGAUGCUUACGAAGCGACCGCGAUUCUGAAGAAGUUGCCGCUUCAGAUCGAAUCUAUAGCGUCUUUCGUUCCUGAUGGAGGUUCUACUGCCAAUCUUCUUCUUGGGACGAAGGUUGGGCAUCUUCUGCUGUAUGAGAUUGAUUUGAAGAAAGGUGAUAAUUCUUCUGUGCGACUGCUGCAGUCAGUGAAGAACUUUUCAAAAAAGCCCAUCAUUCAAAUUGCCGUGGUUCCGCAAUACCACAUUCUGAUAUGUCUGACCGGUUACCCAGACAACAUUCUGUCAGUUCACGACAUGACGAAGGCUCGCUUCCCAGCGUUGUCUGUCGUCGAAAGAACCAGGGGUUGUCACCUCUUUACGCUUCACGUGACAGAGGAAACGUCUCAAACGGGGGUCGUGAGUGUGAUUGUGCGACUGUGUGUGGCCAUCAAAAAGCGGCUGCAGUUGUAUUACUGGAAAAACCGAGAUUUCCACGUAUUACGGGAAGAUUUGUGUCUACCGGAGAAUCCAAAAACUCUGGUUUGGAGCGGCGAAUCGAUCUUCGUUGGGAUGCGAGGAGGAUGGAAAGAAUACCUUCGAAUAUCUCUGACGGGCGAGAGUGAGGAUUUAUUCCCUGUGGGCACGGAUGGCGAAGCGAAAAUAGUGGCCAUGGGGCAGGGCAAGAUUGGAUUGAUGCAAGAUAAGAAGCUUGUGAUUAUCAAGUCGGACGUGUUCAUGAAGUCUGAUGUGAUGAAGUCGGAUGGUCAGCCGAUUUUAGAUAGUGUUACGUGGACUGAUCAUCCCGUCGCGAUUGAAUGUGAUGGACCGUAUUUGGUGGGAGUGAUGUCAACCGGAGUGGAAAUUCAAACCAUUGAACCACGCAUGAUCAUUCAAACACUGGCGUUGGCCUGCGAAAGUCGAGAGAAACCGAAACUGAUGUCGAAUUGUCAACUCGGGCUUGUUUUCCUCGCCUCAAAUUACGAUGUGUGGGCAUUGAAGGCCACUCCUUUCAACGAUCAAAUCGGGCAGCUUUUGCGGUUGAAGCAGUUUGAACUAGCGUUGAGAUUAUCGGAAUUUGGUACUUAUGUGGACGGCGAACGGGAAAAGCUCGUGCAGUACAUUGAGACGCUGCAUGCGUUCGACUUGUUCUGCAAGUUCAACUUCCAGGAUGCCAUGAGUAUAUUUCUCGUUCUGGAUAUUGAUCCGUCGAAUGUGAUCGGAUUGUUUCCGGACUUACUGCCUGCCGUUUUCCAGAAUCAAUUGAAUUUUCCUGAUAAAGUUCCAGAAUUACGUGGUCAUUCCUUGGAAAACGGGCUUCUCGCUCUUAAAGAUUACCUUGUGGAGGUGAGGAAUCGGCUAAAGGACAACCGCAGCAAAUUUUCACUGAAACCCAUCGCCGAAGGAAGUACGACAAUUCGCUCGAAAGAAAAGCUUCUGCAAAUCAUAGACACGACGCUUGUAAAAUGCUUUUUGCAAACCACCGACGCCCUCGUUACGCCCUUCUUGCGCCUCCAGGACAACAAGUGCCAUUUGGAAGAAACAGAACGAGCAUUGACGAAAUUUGGAAAAUUGAGCGAACUGGUUAUCUUGUACAAGGCGAAUGGUCAGCAUAGAAAGGCCUUGUUUUUAUUGCAAAAACAGGCGAAGCGACCGGAAUCUCCGCUAGCUGGAACAGAAAGAACAGUAUCCUAUUUGCAGCACCUCGGACAAGAUCACUUGGAACUACUUUUCGAGUUCUCCACCUGGGUAAUGUUGGAGAAUCCCGAGGACGGGUUGAAGAUUUUCGUGGACGAUGUUCCCGAGGUGGAACAGUUGCCCAGGGCUCGGGUCAUGUCGCACAUACGGGAUAAAGCGCCGGAAUUAUUGGUGCCUUAUUUGGAGCACGUGAUUUUCGAAUGGAAAGAUGAGUCGCCGGCGUUACAUGACACUUUGGCAGAACGGUACCAAGCUACUGUUCAGGCACUGCAAAACGCCGUUGGACCAGCUGGAGAUCGCCUAAACGAAUGCCGGAAAAAGCUGAAAAAGUUUCUGGAAUUCUCCACCUGCUUCACGCCGGAAAGAGUUUUGAUGCGUCUCCCCGCUGAAGGCUUCUACAAGGAACGGUAUGUUUUCUAAAAUUUUGAAAUUUCUUGAAAUGAUGAUCUAUGAAACGAGAGGUUUUUCUCCGAAUUUAAGGAAGAUCGUGCGCAAUAUAUCGUUUUUUAAAUCGAAAUGGCAUCAGUGCUCAUUACGUGUCAGAAUGAAAAUUAUCGUGAUUAAUGAAGCAAACGUGUUUUCUCAAAUACCAUGUAUGAAGUAAGUUCUGUAGAUGAAAAUGUAGUUUUUUCGUGUUUUGAACCGGAAAUCGCUGGAAGUUGGAAUUUUGAGAGCCAAAGUUACACUUUCAUUCGAGUACAAAGUCAGUAUACUGUAUUCAGCCUUCACAGAUUUUUUAUUGUACGCUGUUCGAAAUGACCAUGUUCAGAAAAGUAUCAUCUUUAAGAAACGUGUAAUUAUGAAUGUGUUCCAAAGAUUCUGUUUCGGAAAAUAAGAUUUUACAAACCGAUGUCAUACGUCUUGCUCUAACAAAUUUUUAGAAAUUAUUAUAAAAUUAGUGAAUUUCAGCUUUUGGGGAUGGGGAUGGGCGAGAGCUAGUGAUGUCCGAAAAUUUGAAUGGCGAUUAUUUUUUUCAUGAGGCUAAUUAUCAUUUUUUGGGGAAAAGGGUUUUGUCUUUUCCUUUUAUUGGCUUAGUUUAUUUCUUUGGAAUGGAAAUUCCAUCGCGUCGAGUUAAUUUUUGUAGCGCUGUUAGUACUUAUGAAUCUUUUCCCUUUUUUCUCUUUCAUUUUUUUUCUCCUCCUGUUGAACCGGGACAAAAUAGCGCAAUUUUGUACGAGAAGAUG